GAAUUGAUGAUCCAAUUGAUUCCAACGAAAAGCCAAAAAUGGUUUCACUAGAGUAAGGAGCGAGUCACUUGGUAUUCAAAUAUAUACUUGGUUUUGCAUUUCUUGUUUUCCAAUUCAAAAGUCUCGAACUUUCGCUUCUUACAAUUGUCUUUUCUGGGUCGGUCUCUGUCAUUGUGUUUGUUUAUAUACUCUUUGAGUAUCUUUGAGUAUCUGAGAAAAAGAAACGUAAAAUGGCGGGAAAAGAGGUUGAACAACACCUCAUAGAUGAUGGGAAUAAACUCCUGAAUCCACCAUUUUCCAUUGACGAGCUUCUUUCUAUUCUUGAAAGACUUGAGGUUUCUCUAUCAAAGGUGACACAAUCACCAUCUGCAUCAAUGAUUGCUGCACUUUCACCUUCGAGGAAUGCUUUGGUUUCUGACAAACUUUUGAGACAUUCAGAUACAGAUGUAAAAGUUUCUGUUGCUGUUUGCAUUAGUGAGAUAAUGAGAAUAACAGCACCCAAUGCGCCUUAUGGUGAUGAGCAAAUGAAGGAAGUAUUUCAUCUGAUUCUAGCUGUGUUUCAGAAACUAUCUCACAUGUCCAGCUGCUGUUACUCAAAGGUGGUAUCAGUCCUGGUUACCAUUGCAACAAUAAGGGCAAUUGUGGUGAUGGUGGACCUUGAGUGUCAUAGUUUGAUUGUUGAUAUGUUUCACCUUUUUCUGAGAGUUACCAGGUCAAACAGCUCAGAUGUUGUAUUAUCUGCCAUGGUGUCAACAAUGACCAUUGCCAUAUUGGAAAGUGAUGAGAUUUCUUUGGAGAUUCUAUUCCCCCUUUUAGCUAGUGUGAGAAAGGAAAAUCAGAAUGUUUUCUCAACUUCCUGGAAGUUGGGGAAGGAAGUUAUUGGAAAUUGUGCUGCAAAGAUUCAGCCUUAUGUUUUGAAAGCAGUGAACAGCUUAGGAGUUUCUGUUGACAGUUAUGAUGAAGUAAUUGCUUCUAUUUGCCGCAAUGCAACUGACAAUGUCAAGUCUUUUUAUGCCCCUGAUUCUGAGAAACAUUUGAUUACUGAUGAAAGAUCAGCUAUCCAGUGUAGGGGUGGGAAGAAGACUAGGUGCAAAACUAUCUCUGAAAAUUUUGGAACUGAAGAAACUAAUGACAAGGGACAAUCAGUAGAGAUUCUAAGUGCUGGUUCUUCUUUUAAACUGCAUUUGCAACAACCAGCUACUUCCACCAAGACUUGUUCAGACCAAUGUGUAAUUCCAUGGAGUUGUGGAAAGCAAAAUCAGAACCAAGAGAUACAUAUCCCAUCUUCCGAAGAUUCAUUUCCAUCCAAUAGUGGAGCAGCUAUUAUAUGCAGUGAAAUGACAUUAGUGGAAGGCUAUGAAGUCAAGGCUAGCGUUGCACCUGUACUUAGAGCUAUAUUUGCCAAGUAUGGUGAUAUCGCUGCUAACUGCCAGUACAAGUCACCAUCCGAUAGGGCUAGUUUGCUUGAAAUUGUAUCUGAUGUUGUUCACCGACUGCAAAGCAGUGACAUUCCGCUCACACUCUCUGAGAUUAGAGUCCUCCAAAAUGAAAUGAAGGAUUUGGAGUCUACAAGGCUUAAGCUUUCAUGGCUAACCCAGCCAUUAGAAAAGAUUUCUGAAGUUGAAAAAAUUGCUGAGAUGCGUUCUAUGCUCAAGUCGGUGAAAGCAAAUAGCAUGAUGGUGAUAAAAGCAGCAACUAAGGAGUUGGAAGAGGCACUUAUGGAGCUAGUGGCAUUGCAGAAGCGGAUGGGGGAGGCUGAAAAGCGUAUAAACGCAAUGAAGCUUGUACUGCAAAAGGUUGAUGAUGCCAUUAGAGAGGCUGAAGAUCAGGAGCGCCUCUGGCUAAGACAGAUAAAUGAGCUUCCAUAGUAUGUUUUAUCUGCUGAAACAAAUUAAUGGGCACAUGUUUUUUAGACACUUAGAAGCCUAAUGUUCAUCAACUACAUUUUAGUAACCACACAAUUCAACUGAGGUGUGUAGGCUUUUGUAUUUGUUGGAGCUGGUUGUUCUGUGUGGUUCUUUUUUUCAUGCUAGAUGAAAAUUCAUUUUUCCUAUGUUGAUGCUUUCUUUUUCUACCUAUACUAAGGUUUUCUUAUAGCACUUUGAUGUUGCUUAAAUAGCUAUAAGACAUUCUGAUAGGUCAAUUUUGUCCAAACUUACAUGCAUCUAAAUUUAUUUAGAGAUAUUAGUUA